GCGGCUGUCGCCCGAAACAUCAUUUCGUGGGUGUUGCGAUCGUUGCAAAAAAGUCGCCGUCGGACUCCACGACAAUCUGGGGACAAAUUCACCUGCGCAGCGGGGUUUAGAACGUGCCUAUGUCAACGACCCCCAGAGAAGACCGCAAGGCGUUCACCAUGUCCACCAGCGACAACUUCUUUGACGCCAACAGCGACAUCAAAGUGAGCGAUGCAACGCCAGACAGUGGCGUGCAUGACCUCUCCGGGAUGGAUCCCGAGGAAAAGGCUCGGCGCGAGGCAGAGUGGAGGGAGGAGCUCGCUAGGGUUGAGGAGGAGAUCCAGAGCCUGCGGACUGUGCUGGCCUCCAAGCUGGUAAGGUCUCAGGAGCUGAAGCGGAACCUGGGCAUCACCGUCUGGAAAGAGCUGAAGGAUGACAUGGAGCAAGGCAUCAAGAAUAUUCAAGACAGUGCUGCGUAUAAGGAUGUCAGUGGGAAGUUGGUGGAAUGGAACUCUGCUCUGACGAGCGCUCCCAUCUACCAGAAAACCACCUCAACCUUCAAGACUGCUGGAGAGAAGACCACGACUGCCCUGGGGACACUGGGUGCGAGCGUGUCCAAAAAGCUGGGAGAGAUGAAGAACUCUACUGCUUUCAAGUCGGUAGAAGAGAAAGUCGGCAAUGUCUACUCCAACGUGAAGUCUAAGGUUUCGUCGAGAAGCAGCAGCGUGAACAGCUUCGAAGAAAUCGUCGACAACAGGACCGGCAACUCUGUAUCUGCCACGCCCACCACAAGCCCAGUUUCCGAAGAGAAGCCGCUGUCCUAAGCGAAGACCUGGACCACUCCGCAACUCGUCUUCGUCGUCUUUCGAGUUUCUGAAAUUCCUGAUGUUGUUUCUUCCUCCUUAAAUCUUUACUCAGUUUUUUUUUUUUUUUUUUUAAUUUUUUGAGGUGCAGCUUGUAUUUAGAGACACUCCACGCAAAGCUUGCCCUUCGAAACAACGUUUUAAGAGAUCUAUUUUCAUCCGUACUAGUGUAGCGACCAGGAUUCCUUUUUACCGAGUCUCUUUACAUUCAGUUUUCGCAGCCUGCACAAUUUGCCGUUACAUUUGUGCAGUCCUUUUCUUUUGUACAGUUUGUUGCCGGUACGGCGACAGUUCUUCAGUUUCUUUUUUUUUAGAUAAAACUUGCAAGGAGGUUUUGCUGUCGUGUGAGCCAGAUGCAAGGGUUUCAGACUUUGAGCGUUCAAACGGUAGUUUAGUUUCUGUAUAGGUUAUGUUGCCUGUUUAUUUAAAUGUCUUUUACCGUUCGAAUUGGCAAAAGUUUGGACUGCAGGGCGGUUGAGGUUUUUCAACACGUUUUUCUUUGACCUACAGUUUUACCAACCUACUUGGUAGACAAUUUGUGUUCCACCAAUUGAAAAGGCCCUUGGCCCGAAAAUAAAGCUUGUUCAUGCAGCAAUU